CACUGUGCAACACUCAGAGACACCGUAACAUACUUGUGGACACACUGUGCAACACUCAGAGACACCGUAACAUACUUGUGGAUACAGUGUGCAGCACUCAGAGACACCGUAACACACUUGUGGACACAGUGUGCAACACUCAGAGACACCGUAACACACUUGUGGACACACUGUGCAACACUCAGAGACACCGUAACACACUUGUGGACACACUGUGCAACACUCAGAGACACCGUAACAUACUUUUGUGGACACAGAGUGCAGCACUCAGAGAGACCGUCACACUGUGCAACACUCAGAUCGUAACACACUUGUGGACACAGUGUGCAACACUCAGAUCGUAACACACUUGUGGACACAGUGUGCAGUUGAUAGGGAAGGCUGGUGGGGUGGCGCGGCCCUCCCUUUCUUUACACGUAAGCUUGGCAUUUUCUGCCAACCGCAGAGUUUUUUCGUUGGCACGAGGCGAAUGCUAAAUCUUGACCCACCCCAGAUGACACUAACCCUAGCUACGCCACUGACAUUGUGACAUUCUUUUAGAUACACAUUAGUUCUUCUCUGAUCACGAUUGUGUCAUCAUUGUUUAAAUAUUGUGAAAUGGAUUUGUAAACCCCAGCUUGAGGUUGCUGGCAGUGACCGG